UCAGAAUUCUGCGAUUGCUAGUACUUUUUUAAUACCAGUGUUAAAAUGAAAUGGAACUUGAAUUUUUCUUCUUGCACAAUCUGCUUUACCUGCACUUUUCUUUUUUCCGUUGCCUAACCUAAUAAACUUCAUUUCCGCUACGUUACUUCCGUUUCGUUUUUCUUCAAUUUUUCGUGUUUUCUUGAACUUGGAAUAGGUCAACAAUAUUAUCUGUACAACUGCAAUCCGAAACUUGGAAUCAUGUAUUAAAUAUUUAAGAUGUUGAUCAAUACAAGUUGGGUUUUAUUUGCGAUCUGUUAAUAUUUUAUAACUAUUUAGUUGUAAACGAAAUAUAUUUGAAAAUGUUAGAAGCCGGAUAACAGAGGCGUCGGCUGACUUUACCUGGGUAAAAUCCCAAACUUGGACAAAAUGAGCGAGUCGCAAGAAUCAGUUACACACGAAAGAGAUCUGCUGAAACAAGAAUUAGAAAGAUUAAGCUGUGAACUCGAACAAACCACACAUGAAAAAAAUUUAUCUGCACAAUAUGGGCUAGCUUUGUUGGAAGAAAAAGAAAAUUUACAGCAACGAUAUGAAGAAUUGGAAGCAUUUUAUGAUUCAGCAAAAGCAGAAUUGGAAUUGUUGAGAGAAGCCCUUGCAAAAUACCAGACAAAUCAAAAAGUUACUGCAUCAAGUGGUAUUGAGCAAGAGGAAAGUCUUCUUUUAGAGACUGCUAGUAAAGAAGCUUCUUUUACUUCAACAGUAUUAGAAUUAGAAAAAGAACUUAAGCAGGCCCGACAAGAAGUUUCUCGUGUUGGUGUUGAAAAAGAAAGAAUUCUUCAAGAAAACAUCGACCUUGCUAAGAACUGUGAUGUUAGUGAAUGGGAAAAGAAGACGUAUAAAGCUGAGUUGAAGGAACUGAAACUGCGAGAAGCUCGUCUCUUAAGUGAUAACAAUGAAUUGGAAGAAGAAAACAUUUCCUUGCAGAAACAAAUUUCAUCUCUUCGUUCCUCUCAGGUUGAAUUUGAAGCAGCUAAACAUGAGGUUAGAUGUUUGCAAGAAGAAAUUGAAGCUGCUAAAGGUCAAAUUGAAGAGUUGACUUCUUUGAAGCGGAUAGCUGAAAAGCAACUUGAAGAAGCUCUUGAAGCUCUACAGUCUGAACGAGAACAAAAAUAUGCUUUGAAAAAAGAACUUGAUCAGCGUGUUAAUUCUGAAUCGAUUUUUGGUAUAAACAACUUGGGAUUUUCUGGAUUUGGACUCGGAAAUCUAAAUCAAGAUCAUGUAGAUCAGUCUGAUGAAGAUGGCGAAAAUGAUACAACUUUAACAUCUUUGACAGGAACUGAUAAAGAUAAUGUAUCAAAACCACAAUCUUCAACUGUUGGUGAUUUGUUCAGUGAGCUCCACCUUUCAGAAAUACACAAAUUAGAAAAGCAGCUUGAAGCAGCUGAAAAUGAAAAAUCAAAACUAUCCAAUCGUCUUCAAGAAGCACAACAGCAGCUAGAAAAAACAAAAGCGGAGCUUAAUGAUCAAAACAGUCGAGUCCAUCAAAUGGUAGAACAUAUUAAUGCCUUAAUAGCUCUUCAUGGUAAAUUAGCAGAAAUAGAAGAUGGAAGCAACUUAGAAGAUAAUGAAAAGGAUAUACCAGAAAUAUCUCGUUUGAAACAUCUAUUGACAAAACAUGAGCAGCGAUAUCAAUUAGCUGUUCAGCAAGUAGAACAGUUGCAGAAUGAUGUUAAAGGUCUACAAGAGCAGGGUGCUGUCAUCAAUGAAGAAGAAAUGAAUUCCCAGUUAAGAAAUGAAAUUGCUGAAUUGAAAAUACAGGUGCAAACUUAUAACAACAAAGUCAGGGAAUUAGAAGAUGAUUUGCAUAUUAUGGGAGAAAUUGCCAAAGAAGCCAGAUUUGCUUUGAAUUUCACUCAGGAUGAUCUUGUUGCAGUAUCGGAAGAGCUUGCUCAAUUGUAUCAUCAUGUGUGUAUGGUAAACGGUGAAACACCAAGUCGAAUCAUGUUGGAUCAUGUCAAAGGAUCUCAUAUUACAGGAUCAACUGACACUAAUUCUGAGUCUCCAGAAUCAGAUAAAGACCAGCCUUACAGUUUGUUAUUUAAUAUGAAUGCAAGUAAGCUGGAUACUCUGAAAGAAAAGCUUAAGAGUGACAUUGCAAUAAAAAUCUUAUUGGAGGAAGACAAAAACGAAAACAGAAGCGAGUUAGUGACUCCAAGUAAUCGUUUGUUGGAUACCAUUCGGGACCAACUCAGUCACCUCACAAAAGCGGUUGAAAACACCAUUGAAAUAUAUAGACAGAAGAACCUUCAUACUGGCAAUCAAGAACAUUCAUCUUUGGCUGAAGUAGAAGACCUACAAGAGCAAGUGAUAAAAUUGAAAUCCUUGCUGUCCACCAAGAGAGAACAGAUAGCUACAUUACGAACGGUCUUGAAAGCCAAUAAACAGACUGCUGAAGUGGCUAUGGCCAACCUUAAGAGCAAAUAUGAAAAUGAAAAGGCAAUAGUUAGCGAAACCAUGAUGAAGCUUCGCAAUGAGUUAAAAGCUCUGAAAGAAGAUGCAGCUACUUUUGCAUCUUUAAGAGCAAUGUUUGCAGCACGUUGCGAAGAAUAUGUGACCCAACUUGACGAACUACAACGGCAGCUAUCGGCAAGCGAAGAACAAAAGAGGACGUUGAACUCUCUUUUGAGAUUGGCCAUCCAGCAGAAACUGAAUGUGAUGCAAAAGCUGGAAGAAUAUGAAAUGGACAAAGACAAAAGCCAUGGUAGGCGCCAUAGCUCCCGAGGUAGGAAUGUAUAUUCAAGAGGAAGUUCCAGUAGUGCCCACCAGUCAGGUUCAAGUGCCUUUGGUGGAGGCAGGCAUAGCCAUGAUGGUUAUCAUUCUCGGCGUGACUACUAGAAUUUAUUUAUAGGAUUCAUUAUGACUACAAUUAAGUUAAUGUUUUUAUACUUGGAAUAAAAUAUACAUAAUUUUAAAAUUUUAAUUUUAUAUAUAAUAAAAUAUUUUACAUUU